AUGGCAGGAGAAAAGAAAUCUCUUCACCCGGCUUUCGCCGUCACAAACAUCAAAAUCCUAAUCCCUGUCAUCUUAGAUAUCAAACAAGAUGAAUAUUUGUCAUGGGUUUUUCUCUUUGAACUUCAUAUCCAAGCACAUCGAUUACUCUUCCUAAUUGAUGGGUCGCAAAAACCUGCAGAUGUUGAUGCCGACACUGAAAAGCAGUUGGAUACUCUCUACCGUCAAUGGAUUUGCGCUACCAUGACUAAGGAUUUAAUGCUCACCGUUCUCAAGAAAGGAAAAACUACAAAGGAGAUUUGGGAUCAUCUUAAAACGCUUUUUCAAGACAACAAAUGUAGCCGUGAUGCAAAUCUUGAGAGUAAGUUUGUGAAUCUUAAAUUUUCUGAUUGUGCUAGUGUUGAUAAUUAUUGUGACAAGCUCAAAUCUCUGUCCGAUCGAUUGCAUGAUCUUGAUUUUCCUAUGAAUGAUAAACGUCUCUUAAUCCAAUUGGUGAAUGGUUUUCCGGAGGAAUACAAUAUCUUAGCCUCUUUUAUAUAA